CUUUUCACCUCUUUGCAACUGAAUUCAAAACUUUUGUGAUUCCCCCCUCCUUGGCCGGUAGUACUUGUACACUCUUUUUAUUAUAUUUGCUUAUUAAGCGCCGAAUUUCGAAAGGCUAAAUCGGAAGCAAGGGACUCGCAGCGACAUAAUUACACUUUAUUCAGCAGCCGAUUGACUUUGUCAAAUGUUUUCUCGUUCACUCAUUGCCACUAGGCCGGCCGGGGCCGUUGGCCGCGCAGCGCACAAUUUGACACAGCAGAGCCAGUUUACCACCAGCAUGGCAGCCUUGAGGGCUAAGCUGCCGCAUGAAAAAGUGCGCUACAUGCCCGAGGUCUCGGAGCUCAAGCUCGGCACAUACAAGCCAGAGUCGCAACGGACGGGCGUCAUUGCACGCAAGAAGGGCAUGACGGGAAUGUGGAACGAGUGGGGAGUGCGUGUGCCGGUGACGGUGCUGCAGCUGGAGAAGGUGCAGGUAGUCAGCAUACUCAAAACAAGCUGUCCCGAUUUUGCGCGGUUGCAGAUCGGCUGUGGCACACGCAAGGAGAAGAACAUCUCCAAACCGAUGAUGGGCCACUACAAGGCGCACGGCGUGGACCCUAAGGCGAAGCUGUUUGAGUUUCCCAUCACGCCGGACGCUGCGUUGCCGGUUGGCACCGAGAUCACCGCCGCACACUUUGUCCCAGGCCAGCUGGUCGAUGUGACUGCGACCAGCCUGGGAAAGGGAUUCCAGGGUGUUAUGAAGCGCUGGGGCUUUGCUGGUGGCCCGGCGUCUCAUGGUACGUCGCUGGCGCAUCGUACGCCGGGAUCGACCGGUAACAUCAACCCCGGCCGCGUGUACCCCGGAAAGAAGAUGCCUGGCCGCAUGGGUGGCAAGAACGUCACUGUGAUGCGUCUUCCUGUGAUGAAGGUCGAUACGGCACUCAACUGCAUCUGGGUCAAGGGCUCGGUGCCGGGCCAUGAUGAGCAGUUCAUCAAGGUGCGCGAUUCGACCAAGCUUAUCAAGCACCGCCUGUUCCCCGAGGGUGCCGCCGUGCCGUUCCCAACGUACAUUCCGGGCCAGAGCGCCGCGCAGCCCCGGGAAGUUAUUGCCAAGGUUGGCGGUCAAGAUCCGCUGAUCCCGGCCUCGGAUUGAGGAUUGCGCAUGUCCUUUUGAUACGUACUCGACUCUAAAAAAUUGAAUAAAAUUUAUUGACAAAAGUUAGCCGACAAGAUCAGAUCGGCUCG